AUGCAAUCCCCCUCAGCCACUGCCCACAGAGGGCGUGUCCACUGGCAGGGGCUCCUGCUAGCAGUCUCGCUCUUAACCGUCUGGAACCCACCCACCACUGCCCAACUCACUGUCAGAUCAGUGCCACCCAAUGCUGUUGUGGGGCAGGAUGUUCUACUCCUUGUCUCCGACCUGCCUCAGGAUCUUUAUGGCUAUGUCUGGUACAAAGGGGACAAAGUAGACCACAAACUUAUAAUUCUAUCAUAUGCAAUAGAUACAUCAGAAAAUACCCCAGGGCCUAGAUACAAUGGUCGAGAGAAACUAUACUCCAAUGGAUCCCUGCUGCUCCAGAAGGUCACCCAGGAGGACACAGGAUACUACACCAUACAAGCCUUGCAGAGAAAUAUGAAAAGUGAUGUAGGAACUAGACUGCUCUGCGUAUACCCACUGGUCUCAAAGCCCCCCAUCAGAGUCCGCAGAGGACAUAAGGACCCCAGUGACAGAACAUAA